AUGGCUCCGCUUAGCAAGAAGAUCGGCUUCAUCGGCGCCGGGAUGAUGGCGGAGGCCCUCGCGCGCGGAUUCAUCGACAAGGGCGUCGCGGAGGGCACCAACAUGAUUUGCUGGGACCCGUCCGAGGGCCGCAAGGACGUCUUCCGGAGCUUCGGGGCCACGGGCGCCUCCGACAACACGCAGCUGGUCAAGGAAGCCGACAUCAUCUUCAUCGCCGUGAAGCCGCAGUACGUCACCAACGUGCUCAAGGAGGUCGGCAAGGUCCUCAACUCCUCCAAGCUGAUCGUGUCGAUCGCGGCCGGCGUUCCGCUCUCCGCGAUCGAGGGCGCCGCGGGCCCCGCCCCGUGCGUCCGCGUGAUGCCGAACACCCCCUGCAUGGUCGGCGAGACCGCCUCGGCCAUGUGCCUCGGCGCGAAGGCCGAGGAGUCGCACGAGCAGGACGUCCUCACGCUCAUGGGCGCCGUCGGCAAGUGCUUCACGGUCCCGGAGAAGCUCCUCGGCGCCGUCACGGGAGUGUCGGGCUCGGGCCCUGCGUACGUCUUCAUGUUUAUCGAAGCCAUGGCCGACGGCGGCGUCCGCGCGGGCCUCCCGCGCGACAUCGCGAUGCAGCUCGCCGCGCAGACCGUGCUGGGCAGCGCGAAGAUGGUGAUGGAGACGGGCGAGCACCCCGGCCAGCUGAAGGACAAGGUGGCGAGCCCGGGCGGCACGACGAUCGCGGCGAUCCACGCCCUGGAGACGGGGUCGCUGCGCAACACCGUCAUCAACGCUGUGUACGCCGCGUACCAGCGCAGCGAGGAGAUGUCGAAGAUGUAG